AUGACAGACUCCCUUAAAUCCCCCAAGAAGAUCGAGUUGUUCUCGAGAGACUACUACGUCGCUUGUACCGUCGGCGGUAUCAUAGCCUGUGGUCCUACGCAUUCUGCUGUUACGCCCUUGGAUUUGGUCAAAUGUCGUCGUCAAGUCGAUCCCAAAUUGUACAAGUCCAACAUCCAGGGCUGGUCCACCAUCAUGAAAACCCUGGGUGAUUCCAUUCUCACUGGUUUCGGUGCCACAUUGAUUGGUUAUUCCUUGCAGGGUGCCGGAAAGUAUGGUUUCUAUGAAUACUUCAAAAAGACCUAUUCUGACUUGGUCGGUCCUGAUAUCGCCAACAAGUACAAGACUGGUAUCUACUUGUCGGCUUCUGCCAGUGCUGAGUUCUUGGCCGAUCUUGCAUUGUGUCCUUUAGAAACAAUUAAAGUCAAGACCCAAACGACAAUUCCACCUUUUGCCAAUUCUGUGUUUGAUGGCUACUCCAAAAUCACCAAGGCUGAAGGUUUCGGAGGAUUGUACAAGGGUUUGGUGCCAUUGUGGUUCAGACAAAUUCCAUACACCAUGGUCAAGUUCGCUACUUUCGAGAAGACUGUUGAACAGAUCUACAAGUAUUUGGGUAAGCCAGUGACCUCCUACUCUCCUUUGCAACAAACUGGAGUGUCUUUCCUCGGUGGUUACAUUGCCGGUAUCUUCUGUGCCGUGAUUUCGCACCCAGCCGAUGUCAUGGUGUCCAAGAUCAACUCCAGUAAGAAGCCAUCGGAAUCAGUAGGUGCUGCAUUGUCCAGAAUCUAUGGAGAAAUCGGAUUUAAAGGCGUCUGGAACGGUUUGCCUGUGAGAAUUGUCAUGAUUGGUACUUUGACGGGUUUCCAGUGGUUGAUCUACGACUCGUUCAAGGUCUAUGUAGGUUUGCCCACAACUGGCCAUUAG